AUGCUAUGUUUGGGGAUGUAAGUUUAAUAUCUUGAUUGCAAUAACUCUUUAGAAAAUGAAUUUGGAAGAUUAGGGUUUGAUAUAAGUGAGGAUUAAGAGAGUUUCACUACUUUUGAGAAUCAAAUUCCAGUGAUUGUUACUCCUUAAAAAUGCAGUUAUAAUAUACUUAUCAGAUAAGUAGCUUGCGGAACUCUUCAUACGCACUUGCUAUCAUAAGAUGGAUUUGUAUAUUCAAUGGGCUCAAAUCAAGAUGGAAGAUUAGGCUUAUCACUUCCUUAUUAAGAGCUUAAAAGUUAAACUUGCCCAAGAUUGGUAGAAACAUUGCAUAAUAUAAGAAGUAUUGCAGCUGGAGGGGCACAUUCAAUAUGUAUCGACCAAGAUUAUUAAACUUAUGGAUGGGGAUCUGCUGAAAAUGGAGCAAUUGGUAUGAGAUUAUCUAGCUCAAGUUCCCCAAUAAAAGUUAGAUUUGAUUUGGCUAAUUAAGGAAGAGGUGAAAUUGAUAUUAUUGAUGCUCAUUGUGGACUUAAGCAUUCAGUAUUUCUCUCUGCUAAAGGGGAUGUUUACUCUUGUGGAAAUUGUGAGAGAGGAUAAUUAGGUUUAGGAAUAAUGACACUUAAGGAAUAUAAUCCUUCAAAAAUGAUAUUUGAAAUUAAAUAGAAUGACUCUGUAAGAUCAAUAAGCUGUGGUGAUUAUAAUUCAGCAUUUUUGACAGAGUAAGGUCUAAUUUACAUUACUGGAGAUAAUUCAAUGGGCUAAUUAGCAUAAGGACAUUUGAAUUAGGAUUUUUCAACAAGACCUAUUCUGAUUGAGACUUUGGUGAACAAAAAAAUAAAGAAGCUAUGCUUAGGAGGAAAAUAAUGCAGCACACUUUCAUUUUAAGGAGAUGUCUAUGUUUGGGGAUAAUAUAACAAUGAAAUUAUUACCAAACCUUAAAAAUUAGGUAGUAGUAUUUAGCCUGCAUUUAGAGAAAUUAAGGCAUCAAAUAAUUUAUUAGCUGCGAUAGAUGCUGAAAAUAACUUAUGGCUAUGGUCAUCAAAUCAAAAUAAUAAUCCUCUAGAGUUAAACCAAUAUCCUGAUAAAAUAUUGGAGUUGUAUGAUGUGAAGUCUAGCUAAAUCUAUCUUGGCAAUAAUGUUGUUUUUUGCUUAAGUGAAGAUCUAAAUUAAAAUUUCGAAACUGAAUAAGACUUUUAGUAACUAAGCGAGCAAUAGUAAUAUCAAGCUAAAGAUAAUAAUUAAAACAAUUUUUACAAAGAAGAUUUCUUGAAAAAAUCUAGAAAGACAAAAAAGAAGCUGAAAAAAUCUAUAGGAAAGAAAAGCAAAAACCAUGUCGAACUUGAGCCAUAAAGUUUCUCAAUUAGCAAGAAAAUUACAGAUUUUUAAAGGUAAAAUUCUUCAAGGGGAAACAGUUAGUAGCCAAAUAAAAAGAUCUCUAAAAAACUAAAGCAAAUACCUCUUAAUUUAUCUUAGAUAAACAAUAAGAGCCCUAUAUCUCUCAAGAAAUCUAAAUCUCCUCUAUAUUAGGAUAAGCAAGAAAAAUACUAUACUAAUCAAACUUUAUCUAAUAACUAGCCAUUAGAAGCGAGAUUAAAGCUUAAACUAAAAACAAUAAUGGGAAAUUAAUCCACUCAAUAAACUCAAAUGCAUUAAAAAUCCUUUUACUAUAAUCUAGCUGGAUACCAGCCAAAUCAUUAGGAAUAAAACUAAUCUGAUUAAACUUGUGAUAUUUCGAGAGCAAGCAUUCUUGACCAUUAUUCAAUGAUCAAACCACUUUAAGAAAGAUAAUUGACUGAUGAUAAUACUUGCUAAUAAAAUACAUCAUGCUCUCAUGAACAAGAUCUUAUAACUUAAAUAAAUAUCGAAUCAGAUAAUGAAGAUGAUGAUAAUUAAAUUAUUAACUAACCAUUGGAAAGUCUUCAACAUCAAACUCUCAGACCAGCAUUUAUCGAGUCAUAAGUUCAAAUGAGCCCAGAGUGCAAGUAACAAUAGAACUCUAAUAGCAAUAAAUCUUCUUGCUUAAACAUUCAAGACAAAUCCAUAGGAUAUAUGAAUCAAACUGAAUCCUACUCAGCUAGAUUUUCAGUUAAUACCAGAGAGGAUCCAGAAAUCAGAUUAAGAUAAAAAUAUGAGAUCUAAUGCCUCUAAAAUGAGAAUCUAAGAAUUUCAAGUGAUUUAGCUCUUGAAAGGAAAAAGAAUGAAACACUAAACUAACAGUAUUAUUCCUUAAUUAAGGAAAGAUAGGACAACUAUAUUCAUAAAGAUGAGUUCCUUAAAAUAAAAUCCUAGUAUGAUGAAUUAUAAAAACAUUUUUAAGAUUCAAAAUUGCAACUAGCCUAAACUUUAGAUACGAAUUCUAAAUUAUCUGAGUAAAUCUAACUCUUGAAGACUUAAUUGAUGAAGUUCAACGAUUAAAUAUCAGAAAAAGAAUAAGAAUUAGGAUAAUUUGUACAGUUGGCUGAUAAAUUACAAGAAUGUGAGGAUUGUAUUGAUAAAUUACAGAGAGACAAAGAAGCCCGUGAAGAUGAAUUAUUGAAUAAAAUGAGCACCUUAGCUGAUCAUUAUCACAAAGAAAAGGAUAAAAAUCAAAAAUUGAUGAGUGAGUUAUCAAGAUAGAAUGAAGUGUUGCAGAGAUUUGAACAUCAUGUUAAAUAAGCACAAAAUGAAAAAGAUUAUGCUGUUAGUGAAAAUGAAAAAACUAAAAAUGAGUUAGCUAGACUCAAAGUGGACCUGACAAUAAAUAAAGGAAAAUAUCAGUCUUUCGUUAGUAAUAUCAGAUAAGCCUAAGAAGGAGAAUAAUCAUUUAGAGAUUACUAAAAUGAUAAAGAAUAAACAAAAUAGUAAUAAGAAAAGAGUCCAUUCAAAUUAUUGGAGCUCCCGAAAGAAUUAUAAAAUAGAUAUAAGGAGCAACCUGAUUAACUAUAAAGCAGCUUUUACAGGGAAAAUCAUAAAAGCGAGAAUCUAAUAUCAAGUGAAAGCUUGAUUAACAAUUUGUAUUAGAGAAGAAAUAGCCAAACAAAAAGUGCAGGAGUAAAUGGGUAUAGCAGUAGGUUCAAUGAAAAUAAAGAAAUAGAUUAAGAAAUUAGGAUCAGAGAUACCCCUAUUCAAAAUGAGUAAAUUCUCCAAGACUAUAACAAUCACGUUCUCAAAAGUUUAGAGAGGCAAGCUUAAAAAUCUUCUCAAGAGAGAAAAAUGAAUUCAUCAUUCCAUAGAUAAGGACGAUACAACACACAAAGUAAUAUAUCCAAUAAUUAGGUAGACUACCAAUCAUUCAUUAGAGACCAUUCACCUCUUGAUUCACAUAGAGAAAUGAUUUCUGUCUUGCAAGACACUUAGUCAACAGUGUUUUUGUAGGAGGUCAAACGAGAUCAAAGUAGAGAUGCUUUUAGGGAAAUAGGUAAUAUGAAUAACACUAUUACUAUAUCGCAAAUUAAACCAAAUAUGGCUAGUGAGAGUGAAAAUCUUUUCUAAUCAGAGUAAAAGAAAAUUUAACAUAGCUAAAUCUCUGAAACACUUUCAAAAUAUUGCCAAUCUAAAGAGAACGAGAAUUAAAAACCUUAAAACAGUUUUUCUUCAAACAAAAAAGCUUAUCUAAAAAAUUUAGUUGACUAGGAGUUGUGUGAGAUUAAACAACUUAUCAAUCAUCCUCCUAACAUAAUAAAUGGUUCUAGACCCAAUAGAUACUUUAAUACCAAUAAAAAUGAAAAUGUGAUAAAAGAAAACAUAAAAGAGGAGGAAGGUAGUGAACAUCAAUUAACAAGGUCUAAUAGUGAUAUGCUUGAGACUCAUACUACUUAAAACCAAGUUUAUCAGCCAAAUCAUGAGAUGGAUCUCGGAAAUGAUAGAUAAAAAUUGGAGAAUAGUUUUAUCAGAGACAAUCUAAUGAAGAGAUUUAGCAGAGCAUGA